AUGCUUCUUUCCUCGCACCGCGCGGAGCAGGAAGACACACCCCUGACCCUACGCUCGCCCCUCAGCCGUGGGUCCUUCAUCCUCAGCCCCGGCCCUCCGGCGGUCCCCGCGGAACCUCCCCUGGCCCGACUGCGCCAGGGGGCUCAGCGGGGCCGGAAAAUCGUGUUCCUCGGGGCCCGGCCCGGCGGGAAAGGCCGCCGUCCCUCCGCUAACUGCUCGGCGGGCUUCCGGGAGCGGGUCCCGGCGCCAGCCCGACCUCCCCGGCUCCGGCGGCCCAAGGAGCGCCCCCCGCCCUUCCUGCCCCGCGUCCGCGGGGUCCCCGCCGCGCCCCCGGUCUCAGGCACGAGCCAGGAGGCCCCUCCAGGCUUCCGUCCGGUCAGCCAGCGCUCCCAGAGCCCGGCGUCCUCCACAGCGGACGGGCAAGGGGCGGGAGCCGACGGCCCUGAGCCCUGCGGCCCCAAGCGGAGCGGCGCCCCGCAAGCUCGUCCAGUCGCCAGCCCCGGCCGCAGCCCACCACCCACCCACCACCCCCUGAGCCCGCCCGCCUGCGCCAGGCGGCACCCGCUCGCGCCCGCUCCUCACCUGCGACGCGCCCCGGCCCCCAGCUCACCGCCCGAACCGGCUGUGUACACCGGAAGUGACGUCUCCUGGCAGGCCCCGCCCCCGCCCCAGGCGGACGCCGGGUGGCUGCAGACCAAGCGGCUAGGAGCGGUCCCCAACCAUUCCCUGCGCGAGCGGGGCGGGGAGGGCCCUGCACCCCCUUGCCUAGGGACGGAGGACUUCCAAAUGGGACAGCCAGGGUGGGGGGUUGAGGACCGGUGGCCAGAGUCCGCAGGGCCACCCUGGUUCUCCACUGUGACUUAG